UGGGGGGGGGGGGGGGGUCUCACCCGCUGGCUCCGGCCCCUUUGUGUCUGCGAGCCGGGAGCGGAGAGCGGCGGCGAGAGCCCAGGCUCCACCCCACUGGCAGCUUUGCAAAGCCCCCCCAGAAAGAUUGAUCACAGCCCCCCAGGAGUUUGGGGGGGAACACAUCACAACCCCCCCAGACCUUUUUUGGAAGGGGAGCACACUCCAGGAGAUUUCGAGGAAGGGGAAAGACCCCCAGAAGAUUUGGGGGCAUCCCCAGGAGACUUUUGGGGGGGGGACAGCCUUGAAGAUUUUUGGGGUCUGAGGAUCCCCACAAGAUUUAUUUUGUUCGUGGGGAGGGACCCAAAGAAGAUUGUUGGAAGCCAACCCCCAGAAGAUACUUUUGGGUGGGGGACCCCCAGGAAAAUAUUUGGGGGGGACAAGUCUGGAAUGUUUGGGGGGGGAGAUGGACCCCCGAAGAUUUUGAGGGAGGCUACCCCUGGGCGUUUUAGGGGAGGGGACCACCAGGAAAUUUGGGAGGGGUCAUCUUGGAGACUUUGGCGUGAGGACCCCCUGGAAAGUCUCGGCGGGGGGGACCCCCAGAAUAUUUGGGGGGGAAGACUCCUAGAAGACUUUGGGGAGACCCCUUGAAGAUUUGAGGACACCCCAGGACAUUCUGAGGGGGGAGACCCCCAGAUUGUGGGAGGGUGAACGACCCCGAAGGAGAUUCUGAGGGGGGACCCCCAGGAAAGCUUCGUGUUGGGGGGGACCCUCCCGAGGAUCCUUUCGUGGGGGUGAGGGUCGCAGCCCCCCCGGCAGAUGAUGACCUCCCCCACGCCUCAUGCCCCAGCAGAGCUGAGGGGGGAGCUGCCCUGGGGGCCCCCAGCUCCUCAGCCCCCUGCCGGGGAGCAGCGCCCGGAGCUGUGCCCGGGGGCGCCCCUGGCGCUGGUGCGCAGGUUGGUGCCAGCCCUGCCCGGCGGGGGGGGCGCGGGCACGGAGCUGUCCCGGCUGCGCUUCCGCCAGUUCCGCUACCAGGAGGCCUCGGGUCCGCGGGAGGUCUGCCAGAGGCUGCUGGAGCUGUCCCAGCGCUGGCUGCGCCCCGAGCUGAGGAGCAAGGAGCAGCUGCUGGAGCUGGUGGUGCUGGAGCAGUUCCUCAGCAUCCUGCCCGAGGAGAUCCAGAGCUGGGUCUGGGUUAGGCACCCAGAGUCCUGCGCCCAAGCCGUGGCCUUGGCUGAGCGGUUCCAGCUGGGAGCUGGAGAUCCCGAGGGGAUCUGGGAGCAGAAGGUGACCGUGAGGGUGAAGCUGGAGGAGAUGCCAACAGGAGAUCUGGAGGACCCUGAAGCAUCGAGGGACCCUCCAGCCCCCCGCUUAGAGUCAUCUCAGGUCCCUACCACAGCUGGGUGGCAGCAGGAGGUGACCCAGGCCAAGGUCCCUGAAGUUCUCCCUGAGCAUGAGGAGCAGAGUCUGCAGGAGGAAGGUCCUACCACGGCUAUCAAACACCUGGGGACCUCCACUUCCCACCCUCCACCCCCCUCCCUCCGGAGAAGGAGAAGACCACAACAGCAACAAUUCCACCAGCCCCAGCCCCCACCAGAUGCCACCACCUGCCCCCAGCCCCGCAACCAAGCCCUGCCUGACCCUUUGGAAGCCACCAACACUUCCUGGGCAAAGCAGGAGGUCCCCAAGUCCCGCCCCUACCCCUGUGGGCAGUGUGGGAAGAGCUUUGGGCGCCUGACCCACCUGAAGACUCACCAAAGGACCCACAGUGGCCUGAAGCCCUACACCUGCGGGGCCUGCGGGAAGAGCUUCGGGCACUUGUCCACCCUGACCACGCACCGGCGGCUGCACACCGGGGAGCGGCCCUACGCCUGCGCCACCUGCGCCAAGACCUUCACCAACCCCUCGGACCUCAACAAGCACCAGAGGUCGCACACGGGCGAGAGGCCCUACCCCUGCCCCACCUGCAGCAAGCGCUUCAGCCAGCAGUCCAACCUCAGCAUGCACCAGAGGUCCCACACCCAGGAGCGGCCUUACCCCUGUGGCCUCUGCCCCAAGAGCUUCAAGUACUUGGCUGACCUGACCGUGCACCAGAGGUCCCACACCGGGGAGAGGCCUUUCUCCUGCCCACGCUGUGGGAAGAGCUUCAGCAACAAAUCCUCCUUGGCUCGCCAUGCCAGGAUCCACGCCAGGGAGGCCACCAGGGAUAAGUGAGGGAGGGAGAGGGGGAGAGGUGAUGGGGGAGGUGGUGAUAAGGGGCAACCAGGAGAGGAGAUCGAGGUUGGAAUGAUGGAAGGAGGAAGGUGGAACUGGUGGAGUGUGGUGGUGGUGGUGGUGUUGGGAGGCAACCAGGAAGGGUGGUUUAGGUAGGCUUGGUCCUGUUGGUGGAGGAGGUGAUGGGAGGCCACCAUGAGAGGAAGCUGAGGUUGGAAUGAUGGGAGGAGGAAGGUGGGACUGGUUGAGGAUGGUGGAGGAGGAGGUGUUGGUUGAGCUGGUGAUGGGGGACAGCCAGUAGGGGUGUUUGAGAUUGGGAUGAUGGGAGGAGGAAGGUUUGGUUCUGUUGGAGGAGGUGGCCAUGAGGGUCCACCAUGAGUGAUGGUUGAGGUUGAAAUGAUGGGAGAAGAAAGGUGGGACUGGUUGAGGAUGGUCAUGGAGGAGUCACUGGUGGAGGUGGCGAUGGGAGGCAACCAUGAGAGGAGGUUGUGGUUCUGUUACAAGAGGCGGCCGUGGAAGGCCACCAGGAGGGCUGGCUGAGGUUGGAAUCGUUGACUAAGGAAGGCUUGGUCCUGUUGGAGGAGGUGGUGAUGGGAGGCCGCCAUGGGGAAUUGUUGAGGUUGGAAUUGUUGACCAAGGAAGGUGGCUGUGGUUGGAAUGUUGGGAGAAGGAAGCUUGGACUUGUUGAUGAUGGUGGAGGACCACCAUGAGGGGUGGUUAAGGUAGAAAUCAGAAUGAAGAAAGCUGAGUCCUGUUGGUGGCCUCCCAUCACCACCUCCUCCAUGAGGAGUGGUUGAGGUGGAAAUGCUGGCAGGAGGAAGGUUUGGUUCUGUUGGAGGAGAUCACCAUGAGGAGUGGUUGAGGUUGGACUCAGAAUGGGUUGGGUUGGAAGGAACUCUCCAUCUUGGGUGGGUGGAGUGAGUGUGGUGGGCAUCUGAGCUGGCUGGGAGUGGUUCCCUUUCAGGGCUGUGUGGAUGGAGUGGUUGGCCUGGAGGAGACAGAACCUGGCUGGUGGGAUGAUGAUGGUUGAUGUCCUCCAGAAGCUCCAGGAGCUCCUGGCACCAUGGAUGAGACACAGCAGCUGAAGCUGAGCUGGUGACUGAUGGUCCCCAGGAGCUUGGUGGCUCCAGGACACUGUCCCAGAGGUGGACCAUGGUGAUGAGAAGCUGAAGCUUGGUGGCCACCAUGAGCUCGCUGGCUCCAGGAUGUGUCUCCCUAAUCCUGGAGGAGAUGCCACAUGGCUGGGGGUGAUGAUGACCUGGAGAUGGUGGCCACCAUGAACUUGGUGGCUCCAAAAGCACACCCCCGAGAUCCAACAUGGGACAGUGCUGAAGAUAACCCUGAUGUAUGUCCACCAUGAGCCUGGUCCUUCCCUCACCUCCUCUGGCCAUGGCCAUGUCCUCCCCCAACCCACCCCUGUCCUCUCCUCCAAUUAAAGCCUCCUCCUGGCUCUCCUGAGGUCUCCUUUGGGUGUUC